AUGAAUUGGGACAAAUUAGCUACUUCUACAUUAGUCAGAAAUUUUCGUAAAUCUCAUUCUACUAUUAAGUAUGCUAAUCUUAUUAAGACUGAAUUUAGUAAUGAAUUUAGACUUCUGUCAAAGUUAGAAACUUUAAUUCUUGAGAAUGAACCAUUACUACGCGAUAAUUCUUCAUUAUUAUGUAAUAUUAAUACUGAUACUAUUCAUAAAAAUAGCAUCCACCGCAUUAAUAAAUUUCUAGAAGAUAAUCCAGCAUUAUGGGAUGAUUCUCAUGUAUCUUCUACAACAUUUGUUACUAUUCCUUUUCCUACUGAUUUUGUACCUACUAAAGCACCUUUAAUUCGCUUUGCUAAACAUCUUCGUGAUGUUUCAAAAGAUAUAUUAGAUAACGAUUUUAAAAAGGUAGUUAACCCUAAGAACUUGAAUAAUCAAAUAAUUAUUCCUAAGCAUAUGACACAAAAGAUGAAUACUAUGAAGGAUAUUCAAGAAAAACUAGCUAAUUAUUAUAAAGGUAGUUCAGACUAUUGUUUUUCUACGUUUGACAUUAAGUCUGCAUAUAGAAAUUGUAAGCUUCAUCCUAAUCAGUCAAAGUAUUUACAGUUUGUAACUGAAUUCGGCACUUACGAACCUACAUCUCUUAUUUUUGGUUUAAAUGUUUCAUCCUAUCUUUUUAUCCAUACUUUAUCCCGUAUUAUGCAAGGUUUACAUAUUUCUAAACAUGGUAUUUCUAUUCCUGAAUAUAAAAAAAUUCAGUAUAGAAGUUUCUCACAUCCGACAAAUUUAAUUCAAAUUAAACAAUUUGUUCAAUCGUUGAAUUACUAUAGAUCGAUGAUUCCUGAAUUUAGUAAUAUCACCGAUAAUUUUUAUGCUAUGAAAUCUUUUAGAUGGACAGAUAUUGAAAUAUCACAAUUCAAUAGAUUAGUUGACAUUUUAUCUGAAAAUAUAUUUCUAUCUAUUCUACCUUCCGACAUUUCUUCCUUCUCUCUGACGAUUCAAGUAUCGUAUCGUUCAAUCUGUUCUUCAUUAUUUUGGCGUUCUAAAUCUAAUAAAGACUUAUUCGAUCUUCAGGUCAGAAUUGAUUCUAUUCUCAUAGAUUUCACACAACCUAUUACUUUAUGUGCUAUGAAAAAACUCACUAAGAUUGACGAUUUUGACUCAUAUAUCAAUCUUGCUAAUCUAAUUAACAGUUAUUCUUCUGAUCUUUUUGCUCCUAUUCUUACCAAAAUAGCUUGUGGUAUUGUUCCUGACUCACAAGACAUCUCUACCUUACCCAAGAUUAUUGCUAAAUUUAUUAAUAACGAUCAAAUUGUUUUGGAUUCUAAUAACGUUAUUCGUAUAAAUAAUAAUGUAACGAAGUUUAUUUUACUCUUAAAGGUAGGACAAAAAACACAUGACUGA